CAGAUAUCUCUGAGCGCACUGAGCUGAAAGACAACAAGAAAACAGGAAAGAUCUUCAUAUGUGCUGUUGGUCUCCUCCUAAUGCUUGGUGGCGCUUUAUCAGCACUCUGUGCUGUAGGGAUCUUGUAUCACAAUAAAGUUGUCUCCUUUGAGAUAAUACAUGAGCAGUACGAGAAUGCUACAGCCACACUGAUGAUGCAAGAAGAUAAAGUCAAGGAAAAAGAUGUGAAGCAUCAGGAGCUCAUCUCUGCAUGCAAUGGUAAGAUUGCUCUUUUUCUCUUGUUUACACCAAUCAUUAAAAAUCUUCUCUUUGCAUCAGAAAAUCUCUUCUUUUACAUUAGAAACAGAAAGACUGUAUGAAGUGCUGAAGGUGAAGUAUAAGCAAGCUCAUGACCAUCUCUCUGCAUGCAAUGAAACAGAAAGACUGUAUGAAGUGCUGAAGGUGAAGUAUAAGCAAGCUCAUGACCGUCUCUCUGCAUGCAAUGCAAAUCAAAACAGCGGACACUGUGAGGAAGGAUGGAAGUCUCUUGGUUUAAAGUCUUAUUACUUCUCCACUUUUAAGCUGACCUGGACACAGAGUAGAGAUUACUGUGUGGAGAAAGGAGGCCAUCUGGUGAUUAUAACCAGCCAGACUGAACAGGAUUUUGUAUCUUCACAAAUUGGAGAAACACACUGGAUUGGCCUGAAUGACCUGGAGACUGAGGGAAAGUGGAUGUGGGUGAACAACCGGCCCUUAAAUGAGAUGGGUAUAACGUUCUGGUUUAGCUCUCCAGAGGGACCACAUGAGCCUGAUAACUGGAAAAAUGAGGACCCUUCUGGAGAGAACUGUGCCGCUCUGGGGGAUGCAAAUGGUAACACACAUAAAUGGUUUGAUGCUUCUUGUCGUAAGAUAAAAAGGUGCAUCUGUGAAAAGUAAAAGACUUCUCUUUUCACUUGCAUUUGUCCCUGAAAAUACUUGUUUUUUGGGGGGCUUUUUUUUGAGAAAGAAGGAUAAUUUUUGAUUGUUGAGUCUAAAUAUUUGACAUUGUGAAACAGUUAACAUUAAAUCUACCUGUAAUUUAUUUUUUUAAACAUGUAGACAACCAGCUUUUAAUUUAAAUACAAGGUAACAAUGCAGAAGUAUGACAGAAGUAAAUUUUUUACAGAAUCUAUUAUGUUUCACUUUUCUUCGGCAUUGUAA